GGAGAGGGAGAGAGAGACUGUUGAGAGUGAGUGAGAGAGAGUGUGUAUGUGUGAGUGAGAGAGAGAGAGAGAGUGAGAGAGAGAGAGAGGGGCGCUCUGUCCUCGUGCGCUGUGCAGUUAAGUUGCAGGCGGCUCGAGCUGCUGCUGCUGCUGCGUGCCUCUGCUGCUCCGGAGGGGGAAAACUCUCCUCCUCGCGCGACUUCCAACUCUCUCCCCGCGCAGUGCGGAGCUGCCAUGGAGCCCGCGCGCACACUCGCGCUCUUCACCCUGCUGCCGCUUCUCCUGCACGCGGACGGCCUGUACAUCGCCAGUAGCAUAGAUUCCCUGAAGCACGUGCUGGGGGACUAUGGACUGGUGAGGCCUGUUCUGACCGAUGCGGAGGGCCGCUUCCUGUCGCACGCGGUAUCGGCCGGUCCAGCAGACGGGCAGUUCCGUAGGCGCUGGCGAAGAGAGGCGGAAACGGCUGGCCACGCCCCCAACCAGGCCAGUGGGGACGGCCAGAGGCUGUACUACAAUGUCACUGUCUUCGGCCGGGAGUUCCACCUGCGCCUGCGCCCCAACAGGCGCCUGGUGGCCCCCGGAGCCAAGAUGGAGUGGCAGGGGUCAGACGGCACUCGCUCGGAGCCGCUGAGCAGCAGCUGCAUGUUUGUGGGCGACAUCACGGACGUACAGGGAGCCUCUGUGGCCAUCAGCAACUGUGACGGUCUGGCGGGAAUGAUCCGGACGGAGCAGGAGGAGUUCUUCAUCGAGCCGGUGGAGACGGGACAACGUGUGAUCGAGCAAGAGGAUGGAGGUGAUGGCCGUCCUCACAUCGUGUACCGCUCUGCUGCCGUGAAGAAGCCACCUGCUAGCCUGCUAACUGCAGAUUUCCACGCCAGAGGUGCUGAUCUGGGAGGUCUGAUGGACUUGGAGACUCUGUAUGAGGGAGUGGAGCGGAGCCUGAACCAGAGCCGCCGAGCCCGCAGGCAGUCUCCCGAACGAGCCUACAACAUCGAGGUGCUACUUGGGGUGGACGAUUCAGUGGUGCAGUUCCACGGGCAGCAGCGCGUGGGGAAGUACCUCCUCACUCUCAUGAACAUUGUGAAUGAAAUCUACCACGACCGUUCCCUUGGAGCACGGAUCAACGUGGUUCUGGUUCGGAUUGUCUUGGUUGACGCCAAAAAGUCUGUGAGCCUGAUUGAGUUGGGGAACCCGUCUCAGAGUCUGGAGAACGUGUGCCGCUGGGCGUUCGAGCAGCAGAGGAAGGACACCAACGACAAGGAAUACCACGACCAUGCCAUCUUCCUCACCCGCCAGGAGUUUGGACCCACAGGAAUGCAGGGUUACGCUCCUGUGACGGGCAUGUGCCACCCGGUGAGAAGCUGCACUCUGAACCAUGAGGAUGGAUUCUCCUCUGCCUUCGUAGUGGCCCAUGAGACCGGCCAUGUGUUGGGGAUGGAGCAUGAUGGUCAGGGGAAUCGUUGUGGUGAUGAGGUGCAGAUGGGCAGUAUCAUGGCUCCGCUGGUGCAGGCUGCCUUCCACCGCUUUCACUGGUCACGCUGCAGUCAGCAGGAGCUCGGACGCUACUUACACUCCUACGACUGUCUGCGGGACGACCCGUUUGAGCACACGUGGGAGGAGCUCCCCCAGCUGCCCGGCCUGCACUACUCCAUGAACGAACAGUGUCGCUUCGACUUCGGCACCGGAUACAUGAUGUGUACAGCGUACCGCACCUAUGACCCAUGUAAGCAGCUCUGGUGCGCUCACCCAGACAACCCCUUCUUCUGCAAGACCAAGAAAGGACCCCCCAUUGACGGCACGAUGUGUGGGGACGGCAAGCACUGUUUCAAAGGGCACUGUGUGUGGCUGACCCCAGACAUCAUAAAGCGGGACGGGAACUGGGGUAUGUGGAGCGAGUUUGGCGCCUGCACUCGGCCCUGCGGAAGAGGCAUUCAGUUUCGCACCCGCGCUUGUGACAAUCCACACCCCGCUAAUGGGGGACGCACUUGUACUGGCUCCAACUACCAGUUCCGGAUGUGUAACACUCAAGACUGUGAGGACCCAUACAAGGACUACAGAGCUGAGCAGUGCAGCAUGAUGGACAGCAAAUUUGAAUACCACAACUCCAGACACCACUGGCUGCCUUAUGAACACCCUGAUCCUAAACAGCGCUGCAGCUUAUACUGCAAGUCCAAAGAGACCCGAGUUGUGGUGAACAUGCAGGAGCUGGUGGAACCAGGCAUCCGCUGUUCAUACAAAGACCCCUACAGUGUGUGUGUGUAUGGGGAAUGUGAGAAAGUAGGCUGUGAUAAUGUGGUGGGCUCAGGGCUUCAGGAGGAUAAGUGUGGUGUGUGUGGAGGGGACGGCAGCAAGUGCAAGAACCACAAGUUCAACUUCACCUUCUCUGAUAAGAAGGGUGUUAAUAAAGUUCUGGAAGUUCCUAGAGGGGCGAGACAUCUUCUCAUCCAGGAACUGAAUGGAACAACUCACAUUUUGGCUGUGAAGAACAAAGCUACCGGUGAUUUCUUCCUGAAUUCUCAUGGAGAUUACCCAGAGACGCGCUCCAUCAUCGAGAAAGGGCUGGAGUGGGAGUACGAGAACAAGAACAAUAAGGACACCAUUCAGACCAGCGGUCCACUGAAAAAUGAUGUUGUUAUUAUGAUCCGGAUGCAUGGCUCAGCCAAAGCGAAGGUGUCGGUCAAAUACAUCACAGACAAUGACAGGCUGAGCGAUGGGGCCAACGAGAACAACAUGGUGCCUGACAAUGCAGUGCCCUACUCCUGGGUGGUGAAGAGGUGGACACCCUGCUCCAAGACCUGCGGGGGAGGUACGCAGACGACACGUUACGGCUGCCGCAAGAACGCUGAGAUGAGGCUGGUGCACCGGCGCUUCUGUGACAAAAUCAAAAAGCCCCCCGUCAUGUACCGAGAUUGCUACCUAAGAGAGUGCGCUCAGCCCAUCUGGGUGGCUGGAGAGUGGGGCGAGUGCAGCAAAUCCUGCGGCAGGUCCGGCACUCAAACGCGCUCUGUUCGUUGCGUCCAGCCGUUGGGCGACGGCAAGUUCAAGUCCAUUCGCAGCCGCUACUGCAGUGACGAGCGUCCCGAAUCCCGCCGUGAUUGCAAUCGCAUGCUCUGCCCUGCAGAGUGGAAACUGGGGCCCUGGUCACAGUGUUCAGUGUCGUGUGGCAAUGGGACUCAGGAGAGGCAGGUACUCUGUCACACUCGGGACAACACCAUCGGUCUCUGUCUGGACUCCAAACCAGCAGCACUGCGACCCUGCAGAAUGGAUCCAUGCCCCAAGAGCAUGUCGGACUUCAACAAGCAUGGUAACUUCCUGAUCCAGUGGCUUUCGCGUCAUGACCCCAAGUACCCGGUGCAGAGGAUCCCAAGUAAAGCGUCCCUGUCCAGCCGGGCCGUCCCGCUGCUCUCUCUCUCCUCUCUCAGCUGGAGCCUGCCACUCUCCCUCUGCUUCGCUCUGCAGGGCAAACUCCCCUGAGCCCCCUCCCCCCAGAGCUCCAAGGCUCGCGUGCUUCUAUUUUCCUGGGUGGUGGUCCUCUUUUUCCGGGGGCAUCUCUGAAAGAGGGAGAUUUCUCCGUUUCUCACUCACUCACUCACUCUCUCUCUCUCUCUUUAUCUCUCUGUAUCCCUCUCUCUCUCUCUCUCUCUCUCUCCUUUGUGGAGCUCUGUGUUGUGAACGCUGGCCAGUCAGAAAUUGUUAACAAAACAAAAAAGCUUGAAGUUUGUCAGAGGAGGGUCGGGUUUGCGAUUGGAUCGGCAGCUCGAGGAGUCGAGGAUUAUUUGGGACGGAGCCUCGUGAUUGGCUGCCGUCUCCGAGCUGUUGGUUGCGCUCUGAGGGCGGCCGUUUCGACAAAGCGCCGCCGGAGCUUACAAGCGUGAGAGGAACAAAAAAGCGAAAAGAAGUGUCUGAAAAAAAAAAACAACAUUACUAAAGCUUUAUUGUGAAUGUGAACCUGUCACAAUGAGGUUAAAAAAAAAACAAAAAAAAAAAACAACAAGAAAAUCUUUGCUAAGUGCUCAUUUCACAUCCUAGUUCAUUCUCAGACUGAAAACGAGAUCAUACGAUUUAAGCUGUAAACAUGGGAAGUACUGUUGAAGUGCCACGUCGCGCGCCGACGGUGGCCGAUGGUGACCAUGAGGUGGACCGUCCAGGUGAUA